AUGACAGAAAUCUGGCAUUAUCAGAAUUCGAGCCACAAUUCAAACUACAAUUCACCAGCCUCAACGUCCUCUUCAGUUCACUCCAACCACUCCAACCACUCGUCCCAGUACAACACCUCUCCAACCUCCUACGAUAACAACUCGUCGAAUGAGUACCUCCCCAGACUACAAUCCCUCUCUUUGGAUGCUCCCAAAGCUCCAGUCGCACAGCCACUUCCCACUCCACCAACCGCCUCUUCCGCUAGAGGCACUAAACGUUGCAGAUCAUCCUCAUAUGCCUCGGACAGCUCACAGGGCAGCUUCUCGGCUAGCCCCUCUGACGAUCUAGUUGCUCGUGAAAGGAAAUCUUUUGCUGACGGUCUCAUUGACACCGCCGUAUUCACCGUUGAAGCUAUAUGGAAAUGUCCCUUACCUGAAGAUCCUAGUCCUAGAUCCAUCGAAGAUUCUCAACUGCCUUUGAAGUGCUUUAUUAGGGAGACCCUGCGCAGAUCCAAGACAUCGUCGCAUAUCCUCCAAGUUGCACUCUUUUACUUGUUCAAAAUUAGAGAUAAAGUGAAAUGCAGACGAGCCGAAGCUGCUCAGAUGUUGUGCGGCAACCAGGUUGAAACAUGCGAAGACAGUCUCCUCUGCGGGAGGAGAACGUUCCUCUCAGCACUGAUCCUAUCAAACAAGUAUCUCUCGGAACGGAAUUACAGCAAUCGUGCGUGGUCGAAAAUGUCAGGUUUGACUGCAAACGAGAUAAGCUCGAAUGAGAGAGCUUUCUUGAUACUGAUAAGCUACGAUUUGAACGUGUCUGAGUCGACAUGGAGACGUUGGGUGGCGUUUCUCGGUACGUUGGUGGACAAGCAAGCCAAGUUACCACAGACAUCCCAAUCAGAAGACGUUGAUGAUGAGAGAAGCUGCAAACGCACUUGUCUGCAGACUUCGCCGUCCGGUUCGAAUACUGCCACACCGAAGCCAUCGUCAACUAGACUGAAUGAGCAGGUUUCACAGGGCGUGGAAUCAUAUAGUAGCAAGGUCAGUUGGGAGGGUGUUAAAGCAGCUUCAGCCUCGAGUACAGCAGCAGUAUAG